CCAAGGUUGCCUUCUCUCGGAGGCGAGCGGUCGCGUUCCGAUAGAGCGGAUGUUCUCGUUUGCAGGCAUCUUUGCGCGAGAACUUAUGAUCAACAUGAUAACCCUAAUGGUAUGUAGAUCUGAAAGAUACUCAUAUUUUGGUCUUCUGAUGCUCGGCUCAAGUAGGAGUGCCUGACAUCUGGUGUUAUCCAAAGAUUACGUAGAGGUCUGAUAGGGAGAUAAAGCCGGGGAGAUACAGGUUUGCUCAUUCAUGGUGGCAGUAUGGAAAGCACAGGCUGCACCAGCGAGCGGCCUUUCCGCUUUCGGGCUUGGCGGCGCUGGUCGCUUGGUUGGCCAGUUCAACUGCCUCUCACCCCGGAUUUACGCCCCCCAGGCUGAAACAGAACUGAGAUAACAAUCAGAAUAUCACAAAAUGUCGACCAAGAAGGAUAUGCGCAGGUUGGAUCUCGCCAUCCCCUACAUUGAUCCGCCGAAAGACAAGAAUGAGGCCGACAUGUCCAGCGCGAUGUCUAGCACCAUGCCCAUGGCUGCGAUGUUUACCAGGAACAGAAUGAUCGGAUGGGUGUCUUUCGUCUUCUCUCUCCAGAGCUGGCUGGGUGAGACCCCAGACCAGAAGAGAAACGCUUCUACCCCGGCUUAUAUGUCUGUAUUGAUGUCCUUGAUGGCUUUGGUCGUGGUAUACCCCUUCGCCGAAGCUGACGAAGACACCGGCGAGACCAAGCAGUCUCAAAACUACAUCCAUAUACGGAUUCAACAGCGCAAUGGUCGUAAGACCUUGACUACGGUCCAGGGUCUUCCGAAGAAGUUUGACCAGAAGAAGAUCUUGAAGGUGAUCAAGAAGAAGUUCGCCUGCAAUGGCACCAUCGUGAACGACACCGAGAUGGGCGAGGUUAUUCAGCUCCAGGGUGAUCAGCGUAAAGAUGUUCAGGAGUUCUUGACCGACAAGAAGGAAGGUCUCGAGCUGGAUGCCAAGACCAUCAAGGUCCACGGUUUCUAAGCACCCCGUCGUCACGUCCCCGUUCCGGUCCCCUUCUUUUCUUUUUUUUUCCGGUCCACGUUACUACUCAGCAGUGCUGGAAGGCUUUGAAGAGCAACAUCGUCUCUCUGUCUGUCGCUUCCCUCCAAUCAUUGCAGUUGCACCACGG